GUGUCAACGCACGUCUCGCCAAAGCAGAGAGAAAGAGAGAGAGAGAGCUACCGACCUCCGCUUUGAUGAACCAUAUUAAUAAUUAUUUCACCCCUACACUGCUGCAUAGUGAGCUCAAAAUAGAGACUCUGCUGCCAUCUGCUGGUAAGCUGGAGAACUGCAGCACUGGCGUCAUGGUGAAGGAUGUUUCGAAAGGUCAAGAAGCGCCACAGCAGCAGCAGCUCCCAGAGCAGUGAGAUCAGCACUAAAAGCAAGUCAGUAGAUUCCAGUUUGGGAGGCCUGUCUAGGUCAAGCACAGUCGCCAGUCUUGAUACAGACUCCACCAAGAGCUCAGGUAACGCUGUGUCUGACACGUGUGCUGAGUUCAGAGUCAAGUAUGUGGGAGCCAUCGAGAACCUGCAGUUUAACAUGAGCAAAACCCUUCAGGAGCCUCUAGACCUGAUCAACUUCAUUGAUGCAGCUCAGCAAGACGGAAAACUGCCGUUUGUGCCUGGAGAUGAGGAAAUGAUUCUGGGAGUGUCCAAGUAUGGAGUUAAAGUGGCCUCAUUAGACCAGUGUGAAGUGCUUCACCGCCACCCGCUCUACCUGAUUGUGCGUAUGCUUUGCUAUGAUGAUGGUCUGGGUGCUGGAAAGAACCUGCUCGCACUGAAGACCACUGAUGCCAAGCAACAUGACUGCAGCAUCUGGGUGUAUCAGUGCAGUAAUGCGGAACAAGCCCAGGCCAUCUGUAAAGUCCUGUCCACCUGUUUCGACUGUGCUCUGGCCUCAGAGAAGUCCUGAGGAGUGCUGGGAACGCUCCUGUUCUUCCACCCUCACCGGUUCCUUCAGCAGGACGAGGAAGUCAGUCUGUUCGUAGAAGGCGCCCUUUUUAAAACAGAAAUGCUGGAAUUUGUUAAUGUUAGUACAGCUGUUCGGUCUUUGUUCGGUAUGAAAGAGCAGCCAUCUCAACCACGUUUACACCAUAUUCAUUAGUCUUACCCAGCAUCCUCUUCUCCAAACAGCCCCACCCCAACCCAAAAGUCCAAGUUUGGGCUGUGUCUAUUUUUGUAACCUAAUUUAAUCUUAUUUAAUGUAAAUAUACAACAACCUCAGAGCACAUUUCCCACCAUGGGCCAGUGAAUGCGUGAUUUCUUGGGCUCUACUGGGAUUCGUGUUAAGUGUGGUACAUUAGUGUCAGUGGAACACAAAGAUGCUGUAAAACCCAAACCCCCUGCGCCCUGUAUCCUACACUUCUGAACAUGCCCUUCUUCUGUUGUCCUCCUCCAGUGUCCUGGUCCAAGUGGGAUCGGAUCAAUAAAUCCAGUACGGUACAAUAAAUCAAUGCGAAUGUAAUCUGGAGUUUCUGGAGUUUUUUUUCCCUUAUCCCCCAAUAGAUGGCAGUGCUCUUUAACCUAUUGAGUUAUGGACUUCUGUUUUCAAAUGAAUACAAAAACAUCUCACAGAUGGGGGAGGUUAUUCAUUGUCCCUUUAUCUGUCAGUUUCACUUAAUCUACCUGAAUAAUGCAACGCAUGAACGGAAUUAAAAACUGAGUUUUGUUUUUUUUUAUUCCAGUUUUCCCAUUUAUUUGUACAUAUAUGCAUAUAUUUAUAUAUUAGCAACAAUGACGUUUAUGGUAAACGGAUGAAUAGAGGUUGUUUUCAUCUUAAUUAAAAGUCUUAUCUAACAAAACGCCAGUUUAGCUCUCUGUUUACAAUUAAAUAUGCACAAAGCAAAGUCUACAUUUAUUUACAAUCGCAGCCGGCCCGGUGCCGUCCGUAUACAUUGAGCUACAUCCCGUCACUGCCCGAGUUACAGGUCACUCUGGCCCGAGCUCAAUCAAGACUAACAUGACUGUAAUUAAAAGUUACAUAACAGACUCUAUUAAGUUGCUCUGCAACCACAUCAAACACUCAUGACAUUAAAAACGCUCCUGCACACAAUUACUGAUGGAUGAGCAUUUCAAAGCUUUAGAAAGGAUUAAGAGAAGUGUUGUGAGGGAAAUAUGACAUGAGGGAUUUUAAUUUCCCCUGGAAUACAAUUAGCGCUAGAGAAAGAAAGAGAUGCCGAGUUAUUACUGGUACAGGGAACACCCAUCUGGCCAACCAAAAGCUGGGAGAUUCAGGGCACAUCCUGGUUGGUGGAAAUACAAAUAAUCCAUAACUCCAGACACCUUGAAAUCUGUUAAAAAUGACAAGGUUUUAGUGCACUCAUGCUGAAAACGUGUUCAUGUUCUAUACACCAAAGGAAGGUAAGAGAUUCUUAAAGAG